AAAAUAAAAAUGGACUGAAGAAAACCAUUUACCGGCAGAUGCCCGAUGGAGCGUAAGUGACGUCAUCAGAAAUCGACGCGAUACCGACUGGAUACCGGUAUUUUAAAUGAAAAAACUGGCUCCUAAUAGCGACCUUCCUACUCCACCUCCGAGAAGACACAGAACCCGUGGGCAAACUCCACAAGAGGAAGGUGAAGACAUUUCUCAAGAAUCUGAGGAAGAAAGGUUUAUUUCUACUAUGGAACAAGAGCAAGAACAAGAUCAAGCUCUAAGAAAGGGUAUGGUAAAAGACAUUAGAGAAUUGCUGGCUGAAAAGCUUGGAAACUUAGAUACAAAACUUGAUGACCAAUGCUGUGAAAACAGAAAUUUGUGGAAAAAUUGAUACUCUACAAGUUCGAAUCGAGGAGGUGAAUUCCUCUUUGAAAGGAGAAAUUAAAAGGGUUGAAGUGGAUAUCAGCAGCAAGCUGGAACCCAUCAUUCUCACUUCAAGAAAACGAAACAACGCCAUCAGAGAACUGGAAGCUGCAACUACUGAUAUCUCUCAGACAAGUCAAAGACUGAAGAAGGAACUCGACCGUGUCUCUGGGCAAUUGGUUAAAAUGACCGAAAAAUGCCUAGAUCUCGAAGGCCAUUCUAAACCCCAAAAUUUAAGGAUUGUUGGGGUGAAGGAACGAAAGGAAGAUGGAAAAGACACUCGGGACUUUGCUGCCGACUUACUCCAACAGGUACUUAAUCUGCCUGAGAGACCCAAACUCGACCGGGCACAUCGAGCUCAGAGAGCCCGACCAGGAUCUGGAGCUCCACCAAGACAACUCAUUUUGAAGCUACACAACCCAUCAGUUCUUGAAGACAUCAUGAAGAAAGUUGCAAGCACAAGAAACCUGAUUUUUGAAGGAGACAACAUAAGAAUCUUUAGAGAUUAUCCAGCAGAGGUUGUCAGGAAAAGAGCACUCUUUACCAAGUCGCGAGUUAUCCUCAGAGACAUACCAGGCUUAAGAUAUGGACUAAUGUAUCCAGCCAAACUAAGGGUCACAUACAGAGAAUCCGAAUGUUUCUUCACCGACCCAGACGAUGCAUUUAAAUAUCCGCAAGAUAUAGCAAAGGACAUGUAGAUAAGUAACAUUUCGCAUAGCUCUGUAUGAAAAUACAUUGAAUUGACUUUAACUGAUUACUAGCAGGGCUAUGUUUUAUUUACCCUGAACUUACACUGCUUGUUAUUUUGUGUGUUUAAUUCACUCCUUUUAUAUGCAUCUAUAAGGGGUCUUUAAAAGGGGUUAUAAGUUUAGAAUGUGUUUUAAAAAAUGUUUUAAAAUGUUCGUAUAAGAUGGCGACAGGCUAAGUCUGGACUAAGAUCUGAGAUAGUAAUGAAAUGUAUGGGAAAACGAAGGAGAAAAGGGAGGACACAUGGGAGAGAAGCAGGGAGAGAGAUUAAUCUCUCUCUGAAUAACCCAACUGAGAAAACCACUUAAACUUAUAAUAAUUUAUCUAACACACUAACACAGUAACAGAAAAAAAUCAAACAUAUUAUUCCAUCCAUUUUAAUUUAACACUUAAUAUCUAAUCAUGAGACUUACUAAAUAUAGGUUACGGUUAAAGAAUCUGUUUAUAUCCAAAAGGUGUUUAAAAACUAUCCGAUAAAAAGGUCUAGACUUCCUAGCAGUUGGCAGGACAGAGCGAGAGGGAAUAUGCUAAAGAAGUUGGCGAGGAGGGGUAAGGUAAUAAAGAUUUAGGGGGUAGGGGAAGGAAGAGUGAGACGGGGGGAGAAUUACAGAGUGUUAUUGGAAGGGGGAUUUAGUGUGGAUUAGUCAGGAAACCAGGGAAAGUUAGGAUAGUCAAGUGGAGAAGAGAGAAAGUGGGAUGCCCAGGGAGAGGGCAGGGGACAAUAGAGAAAGAGGGGUCAAGCAAAUGUAGACAGGCAUUGGGUGUUGUAGCAAGAUGCGAGGAAGUUUAGAAACAGUAUUAGAAUGAUUGGGGAAGUUGCUGGGGUGUUGAUGGGUGUUUGAGAAGGGAGGAGAGAGAGAGAGAGAUCUUGCUCUACCUGCUGAACUGCUGGAGGUACUAAUUAACUUUAAGCCUGCUGAUUUAAAACCGGCUAUGUAUUUAACAUACUAAUCUCAAUAAGCAAGUUAAUAAGUUUUAUAUUCCAAUUGAACCAAUAAAUAACCGCUUAGUAUGUAUUGUAUAAAAAGAUAUCUAAUUCUCCCAGAGGAAAUUAUUUACGGAUCGUUCUCCGUUUUAUCUUUGUUACCCUGUGUGUGCUCAGUCCCUUUUUUUUUAGUAUUACUCUACAAGGGGCGGAGCUAGUUGAAACCAACAUCUACGGAAGUUUACAAGAAAUAUCCCACCAGGGGUGGGUCACACGAACAGUAUCUGUAAAUGCUGUGAUUUUUAUUUUUAUUUUUUAUUAUUUAGUUUAUCUAGCACAUUCUCUAUCCACUCUUCUUAAGGCACUCUUUCUCGGGAGAUACCUGCUGGGCUUUGGAAUUGGGCUCACUCACCCAGCAGCCAAAAGGUUGAUUUUAAAUAUUGUGUUAGUCCAUCUGAAACAAGGGAAACCAUGUAAGCUCUAAUGCAAGAUGAUCCUUUGGAGAAAAUUGGAGGAAUUACAUUUUGUAGUUGGAACAUUAGGGGCAUUAAUGAGCCAAUUAAAAGGGGUAAGGUUCUAGCCCAUUUAAAAUCAAUUAAUGCUGAUAUAAUAUUUUUACAGGAGACGCAUCUCAAAGAUGGAGCGCACAACAGGCUGAAGGCUAACUGGAUUGGCCAAUUAUAUCAUUCUACUUUUCUCUCUAAAGCUAGAGCGUUACCCUGUACGCAGGCGCUUCGUCGUUAUGUUGCAACGCUGUGCGUGAGAGAAAUGAACGACUGAGCCAGAUUUUCAAAGGCUGAUGAUGCAACUGCAAACCUAGCGAUAAGAACCAGUUCGGCUGCAGCUUGUUCGUCAGUUUGAGUUGGGACUCGGCCAGAACCAAUCUUUGACCAGAGCAGCACUCGAAAAGCUAACUGGGAACUUUAUUUUGUAAAAUGGUGAUAGUUUCUCACGGUGCGCUGUGCCUGCUCUUUCUUGUUGCAUGUCUCCAGAGAGGAGCCGAGGGCGGACAACUGUUGGUGGUACCAGUGGAUGGAAGUCAUUGGUUAAACCUAAAGGCUCUCAUGGACGAACUUGGGAAGAGAGGUCAUGAUGUGGUCGUGGUUAUACCUGAAAUCAGUAUGAACAUGGGUCCAUCUCCUCAUUACACCACGAAGGUUUUCCCCGUCCCCUACAGCAGGGAACUAAUGGAAAGCAUAAAACCAACGAUUGUAACCAACAGUUCCUUCUUCCAAGAAAUCGGGGACAUCUUUCGGAAGGCGGGUAGUCUUAGGGAUUUCUUCCUGACCACUUGUGAGAGUCUGCUGUACAACUCAGAGCUGAUGUCGGAGCUGGCCGAAAGAAACUUCAGCGCGGUGCUGACUGAUCCCUUUGUCCCCUGCGGCGCGAUCGUUGCAGAGUUCCUCUCCCUUCCCACAGUCAAUUUGCUGCGAGGAAUUCCUUGCGGGUUGGAUUAUUCAGCCACUCAGUGCCCCAGACCACUCUCCUAUGUGCCCAGAUUCUUCACAGGAAACACCGAUCGAAUGACUUUUCUGCAAAGGAUAAAAAACCUGCUGGUCAACUUCUUGGAGCCGUGGCUUUGCCGUUUCCUGUACGCGCCGUUUGAAGAGCUGGCCAUCAGGUUUCUGAAGAAGGACGUGACUCUGGUCCAGCUACUGAGCCAGACCUCCAUCUGGCUGAUGCGAUACGACUUUAUCAUGGAGUAUCCCAGACCCCUGAUGCCAAACAUGGUCCUUGUUGGAGGCAUCAACUGCAAGGAGAGGAAACCUCUGCCUCAGGAACUGGAAGAAUUUGUAACCAAUUCUGGAGAGCAUGGUGUGGCAAUCUUCACCCUGGGAUCAAUGGUAUCGGAAAUUCCUCGUGUAAUAGCCGAUCGUAUUGCAGAUGCUUUGGGGCAAAUUCCUCAGAAGGUCCUCUGGAGAUAUACUGGAGAGAUUCCCACUACACUGUCACCAAACACAAAAUUAGUAAAAUGGUUACCACAGAAUGAUCUACUGGGACAUCCCAAAACACGAGCCUUCAUCACCCAUGGAGGGACUAAUGGAAUCUACGAGGCUAUCUGCAAUGGUGUGCCAUCCGUCAUGCUGCCACUGUUUGGGGAUCAGUACUAUAACGUGAAACAUAUGGUGGAUCGUGGUGCUGGUAUCAGUUUGGACAUAAAGCAUAUGAGCUCUCAUGACCUAGUCAAUGCUUUAAAUGCAGUCAUCAACAAUACCAGGUACAAAGAAACAAUGAUGCAGUUAUCUGCAAGGCAUAAGGAUCGGUUAGUUGAGCCGAUGAAUGUCUCUAUCCAUUGGGUGGAAUUUGUGAUGAAGCACAGAGGGGCAGAACACUUACGUCCUGCAGCUCAUGACCUCAACUGGAUCCAGUACCACUGUCUAGAUGUUGUUGGUGUGUUGCUUGUCUCUGUGGUGACCUCCAUAUACCUAACAGUUCAAUGUUGUUCAUUGUGCUGUAAGAGAUACUUGUGUGGAGGCAGAAAUCUGAGGAAGAAAAAAUCAGAUUGAAGUGGACAUUAAUCAUUCCUUAAAUAUUUGAAGAUUACUUUAUCUUUAUCAUUGGUUAAAAGAUAACCAAAUUCAUGAGAAACAACGUGUGCUUAUUCAUCUCAGUUCGUGAAUGGGAAUUGAGAGGUUAGUCGUGGAAGGAAUGGACGGUGCAGAGGGAUUUUCUUUAUUCUCACUGAAUUUUGUUUGUUAAAAAUUAUUCUCUAAUUCUCUAAAUUUUGUUUAAACAAAAUAUUUUGGGAAUGUAUGGAAUGAACACAAGAUAUAUUUUUGUGGUUGUUAAUCUUAGACAUAUAAUUCACAAGAUUAUUGCAUACAAAUAAUUUGAAAAGCAGGUUCAUAGUAAAACUAACAAGUUCACUGAUUUUUGGCCGAAAGUGACCAAGUUCAGCAAAUUCUCAAUUUUAAAAUUUAUGUUGCAUUUGACUUUCAUAUGAUUUUGUGCUUCCUAUAUUUCUUAACUGCACCUUGGAAAUGACUCCAUUAUGCCUCUCUAAUGUGCCUGUGAGAUGUCCUUUCAACAUUGUUUUUAUUUUUUUUCAUGCAUUUUUUACAAAAGGCACAAAGGAGCAAUGGUCUUUUUUGUUUAGCUGACCCACUCCUGUGGUACUGUAAAUGAUGAGGCUGCUCCAGUACGCUUGACUGAGGUAGAGUUUAAACUCGGGGACAAAGUAUGGAAUAACAGAAAUAAAUAGAAUUGUAAUGGAAAAAUCAGAAA